AUGUCCUCGACAUCCCAGCGACGACGGCGGCGAGAUGAAGACGACUAUAUCCCCUUUGGCCCCCCAUCUCUCCCCAGCGCUCAGACACAAAUGGACAACAUGUCCUCAGAAGGCUGGCCACCGCCGGUGAUCAUGUCCGACUCGAGCGACGAGGACCUUGACGAACAUUAUCGAACGCCUGCGCGACAAAUUUCCCGCCGCAGUGGAAUCCCGCAUAUCGACGCGCUGACGACGCUCAACCCCGACAGAUACUCGCCAGACCUCUACUCCGUCAACUCUGACCCGCCCAGCCAGACGCCGAUGCUUGCGGAAGAUGACGCCGGACUGCGAUCGCAAUACGCCGGAAGACAUUCACAAUACUACGCCGCGAGCAACCCGCGUCCAGGACCGCAGAUCAAACCACACCUGUCCUCCUUGGACAUUCCAAGACGCUAUGGCAGCAAUGCCAUCCUCGACAUGUACGCGCUCACCUACGUUGGCGACCCGGACCCGAAUCUGCUGUGUCCCAUCUGCCACGACCCGCUCGUCGACCCUGUGACGACCCCUUGCGACCAUACAUUCUGCUAUCGGUGUUUGCGGAGGAGCAUGGCGUCGAGUCCCGCUGGUGGCGUCUGCCCGAUAGACAGAGAACCUCUGCUAUGGACAGACUGCACCAGCUCGAUACGGCUGAUUCGUACCCAGCUGAAUAACUUGGUUGUCAAAUGCCCCCACCAUGGCAGAGGCUGCGAAGAGGAAAUGAAACGGGAGGUAGUAGAACGGCACGCGACAGUGGAGUGCGGCUUCCGCGAGUUCCCUUGUCCAGAUAGCGAAUGCGAAAAGACUGUUCGCUACAAGCCGGCCGAUGAUAAAUGCCAGCAUCAGGAAAGCAACUGCGAGUUCUGCGACGCCAUUAUUGAAGAAGCCGAUAGUGAUAUCCACCUGCUUCAAUGCCCUAGGAGCAAGACUCGAUGUUCCGCCUGUUGGGCGAUGAUCCUCCGCGAGGACGAAGAGGUCCAUCGAAGCGUGGAUUGUGUAUCCAUCGAAGUGGCAUGCCGCUUUCAAAGCGUCGGCUGUCCCGUGAGAGUUAUACGAGCACACCAGGAGCUCCAUGCCCUUUCCUGCCCUUUCCACCCAGACUCGCCCUCUGGCGCCAUCAUACGCAGCCAACGCGAGAUCAUAGAGACAUUUGGCAACCUGGGCAGCCAGAUCCGUCAUUUACGAGCCAGGCAAGACGAGACCAGCCGACGGCUCGAUCAAGUUUCCGGGCCGCCACCCCUCAAUCGUCCGGGCGAGCCUGGAUUCAGGGACGUCAGGGCAAUGCAGGAUCUUGAUGCUGGAUUCGGCGAAGUCCACCACAACUUGAACAAUCUCGAGCGCCAGAAUGCGUGGACUGCCAACCAGAUCGUGCCUGUUCGAGAAGAAGUUUCUGAACUACGAAAUAGUAUCAACAUGAUUCGAAUGCAGGUCAACUGGCUCAUGAGCCGCAGCCGCGAAGAAGUCCAUGCGAGACCAACUUCUAGCGGUACCACACGGCCCACGUCAAUGGGGUCCGAUACGGUGCAGGAGCCGCUGCCUCCCAUGGUGCGCCAGAGACGGCGAUCGACCAGUGUGGACGUUGAUCUUCCACGACUAUAG